UGGGUGAGCAGUAACAGUGGUACAUGAGUAACUACAUUAUACACCGGAGCACGCCCUCCGUCAUAUCAUAUCUCCUGUAAUCGCCAUCUUACCCAUCCUCGUCCACCUUCUCUUCCCGCCGGGCCUGCCCUCAUUAUCCGAGCCUGAUCGCUUCCUCCUUUCAUUCAGGGAAGCGCCGUUACAUCCUUCCCAUGUUGAAUGCUGGCCUCUUGUCAUGUUCCGCAAUCAUACACUACUCCAGCACAGUCCUCGAUUCCUCCGUAUGCGCAGGCAAUCUGCCACCUUCGACCCUGCCUCCCUUGCUCAGACACUCCGCUCCCUCCCACGAACCACGAUCCCAGCCAGACUUGGAAAUAUUCAGUUCUUUACGCUCCCCUGUAACCUCCUCAUCGCAUUCCGAUGUGCACCCAUCAACACUCCAUUCCGCAUGCGCUCCUCAAACUCCCGCUGAUACUGCAGCUUCUCCGUCGCCUCGACUUCCCUCCGCCUCGCCUCGGCCUCCUUCUGCGCGAGCAGGAUUCGCCGCUGUAGCUCUAUACUCCGUAGCGCAUCAUCGCCCUUCUGUUGUUCUGGUUCUGCACCGCCGUCGCUGUGACUGUAUACCACCACCGCCAUUCCCGCGCCAGCAGCUGGUGAUGGUACCAUACCACUACCGAAACUAUCACCACUGCUCCUAAUAUGGGCGAUACCGGAGUUCAUGGUCGAGGUGAACGCGGACU